CGGAGGUUGUUGUUCAGUUGUGCUACGCAUUGGGUUGCUGAGUGACUCCUCGAGCGACACCGAGGUGGUGGAUGAAGAGCAGGACAGGAGGCACUUGGGAAGACCUCAGGCAAUGCGACGACGCGACAGACGACUACUUCCGGGAUAAGCUUGGAAUGUCCUCGCGAGUAUUCCGGGAAAUCGCGGGGGCGUGUGCGCCUCAUCUUCAGCGGCGGGUGACGUUCUACAGAGAGCCUUUGCAGCCAGACCAGAUUGUGGCGUACGCACUAUACAGAUGGGCGUUGGGGGAGACGUACGAGAACAACACGUGUAACAAGAACGGGAUUGGCAGAGCUUCUGGCUUGGUUGUAGUCCGGGACGUUACUGUCGCGCUGCUCCGGGUGUACGGAGAGAAGAUUGUCUGGCCGACUGGAGUUCGUAAACUCGUCGUUCUCCGGGCAUUCGCUGAUAAAGGGUUCCCCAAUCGCCAUGGUUGCAUUGACUGUACUCACAUCUACGUGGACAAGCCGCCGAACGCACCGAGCGAAAACUACUAUAACUGGAAGCGUUAUUUCUCCACCAUCGUGCAGGUUGUCGUCGACCCGGACUUGCGUGUUGUCGUCGACCCGGACUUGCGUGUGCUCGAUGUACACAUGGGAUACCCGGGUAGCUGCCACGACAUCAGGGUGCUCCAGUUGCCCAGCCUGUGGCAGCACGCGGAGUCGGGGUCGUUGUUCCGUGGUCCCCCAAUGACACUACCGUUCGGUGUGCGGACGAACGGGUACAUCCUAGCGGACAAUGGCUAUCCCCCUUCGGAAUGGAUGGUCGUCCCGUAUGGAGGCAUCAAUCAGGACGUCGAUGAGGAGUGGUUUGACAACAAGCAGAAGGUGGCGAGGGGAGCGGUGGAGAGGGCAUUCGGCAGGCUGAAGGGCAUGUGGCGGCUAUUUCUGCGGACGCACAAGACCAACCUCGACACGCUCCCGCAGCAGUUCACUGCCGUAUGUAUACUGCACAACAUAUUGACCGACGCUGGAAUUCCGUUUGACGAGAAUUUGCUAUGGGAGGUCGACGCUAAUAGUGUGCGACGACUCGUGGACCUAGGGAUCGAAGAGCCCCUUUUUGAUUACGUCAACAAAUGAAGCGUUGGCCUUGCGGGAUGCUUUAGCGGAACGAAUGAAACAUGAUUGAGUCG